AUGAAGAUGUCCUUGGUGCAGCGGGUGUUCCUGUCGUGGAUUUUCAGCCUGAUCUUCCUCAUCAUGCUGGUCCUGAAACUGGAGGCCAAGGUGCAAUGGAACUGGUUCGUCAUCUUCCUUCCCGUGUGGACGCUGGACGCCGUACUGGUCCUCCUGCUGCUGGUCAAGCUGGCCGGCCGCUGCAAGGCCGACCCGGAGGCGCGGGAGGGGUUGACUCUUACCCGCCGCUUGUGCUGCCUGGCGGCCGUCGGGCUGAAGGCGGCUUUCUGUCUCAGCCUUUGCUCCCGCCUUGAGAAACUGACAGACGUGUGGCUCAGCGUGGUGUGCGUACCUCUUUGGGUCCUACUAGUGGGCGCCCUGGUGCAGCUGGGCCGCAGCGUCUUCCGCUCACACAGGGACUGA